UCGUGCUGACGAUACUGACCCAGUCUUCCAGGAAACCUUUCCUCUUUCUCUGCCUUCUGCAAUCCACUCGAGCGCCAUUCGCGACGAGGAAAGAGAUAAAAAUCGGUGAAUCAACUCGGCACGGUCCUACGUUCAUUGGCGCUUAUGUUUGUUUUCAUAAUAUCUAAUUAAAUAUUUCGGUGUGAAUGAAUCGAAGUCUCGGCGAUGAAAGGUACAUAGUUCUAAAACGUGAAAAUUAUUUUAAAACAAAGUUGUGUGCGACUCUAAGGAUCAGCGUACGAUUGACUGUUCGAUUUUCAAGAUAUCUACGAGAUCAUUGAGAUAAUCUUGAUACUCAUCGAGCUGUGAUCUUAAAUAUAAUGACAUCAAUCGUGAUCACCAAGGACAAAUUUUCGCUGACGGUAUGCAAACAAGAAUUAUACGAGCACUGGUUGAAAAAUGCUCCAAAACUUAUGUUUGGUGAACAUCAGCUUUCAAUUGAAAUAAGCGAAAUCGAUGAGCUCUUCAUCCAGAAGGCCAAGGAAGAUUUACGGGAGACGCCAGAAAUUGUUGCUCAAGGUUUCAAGGAAUUAAGAGAGCUGCUUGCAGGGGAACCUGAUCUGCAUUUACCGGACGAAGACGACUUCUACAUAACGUUCUUGCGACCAUGUAAAUGGUAUGCGAAAAGCGCUUUCUCGCUCAUAAAACGAUACUAUCGAUUCCGUUUAAAUUAUCCACACAUAUAUAGCGAUUUGUUGGUCACCAAACAGAAGACUGCACUUUGCGCCGGUUUGAUAUAUCCAUUGCCGAUUCGUACUCAAGAGGGAAGCAGAGUGGUAGUAAUCGAGGCCGGAAAACGGUGGAAACCGAAAGAAGUGACGACUAAUGAUUUUUUCAAAGGCCUGAUAUUGAUCUUAUUUCUGGCGAUGGCGGAAUACAGAACUCAGAUCGCGGGCACGCGUAUCAUUUUAGACGUCGAAGGUUUAUCUCUUAGCCAUGUGACGUAUAUCACACCAAGUUUUGCUAAAAUGAUGGUAGAUUUUAUACAAAAAUGUUUGCCCACUCGGCUCAAAGGUAUCCAUAUUGUGAAUCAGUCCUUCAUUUUCAACAUGGCAUUUGCAAUAUUCAAACCAUUCUUAGAGGAGAAGAUUCGCAAUCGGAUUCACUUUCACGGGACAAAUUGGGAUUCUUUAAAGGAUUUCAUUGAUAAAAGGGCAUUACUUAAGAAGCAUGGGGGCGAGUUGAAAAUGGCCGAAGGACAAUACGGCGUGAUGUUUUGGCAGAAUAUGCUUUCAUGUGAACCCGCCUUCGAAGUUGACCAAAAUUAUGGAUACGUAACUAAUAAAGAUAAGAUAUGAUCUUUGCCGAAAUUUGAUCGAUCAAUACGUUACCAUCAUCAAUCAUUAUGGUUUUGAACCAUAUGCAUGAAGCUAUAAUAAAAAAUGAUAAAAUCAUUGGUGUCCGGUACUUGAGAGAUGCGGAUAUACAAUAGCUUGCGGCCGUCACUUCGAUCUGAAAUUCGUAAUCGUGCGAAAAGAGUGCGAAGUGUCUUAUUAAAUCAUACAUGAUCUGUUAAAAGUAAAUUUUGAAUUUAAAGAAAAUACAAUAUGUCAA